CUGGUAUGUUUGUGACGUCAUGAGUUGAGAGGUGAACUGAGUCGUCCAUUGCAUCGGCCCUCACGCGUCAUUUCAAUGCAGGUUUGGCUAUAGAACAAAGUGACUUAAAACUUGCUGUCAGUCAUGCAGGGGUGCGACAAUGACUUAUGUCAAAAAAUCGGCGAAGGCUUUGUGCAGUGGUACUACAACCAGUUUGAUAACACCAACAGGAUGGAACUGGCUAACCUUUACGCGGAAGGUGCUACUCUGACAUGGGAAGGAAUGGUUUUUCAUGGGAGACAAGCCAUCGCUGGCAAACUGACUGGUAUGCCGUUCCAGCAAAUUAAGCAUAUUAUAACAGACCAAGAUGUUCAACCCACUGUAGACAACAGCAUCCUCAUAAUGGUGUUUGGACAGUUAAAGACUGACAACGAUCCGCCGAUGGCCUUCCACCAAGUGUUCAUGCUGAAGCUACAGAACUGCAACUGGGUGUGUACCAACGACGUGUUCCGUCUGGGUAUACACAACAUACCCGUGGAAUCCUAAUAGACUUGGAAAGCACUCCCUCUACGUUUUCUUUGGCGCUUCAUCCUUGUGUGUCAUGUCGUAGUUUCCCCCAAGAUUCAAAACAAAAAAAAUAAAGGCUUUUUUUCCAGACUGUUCAA